CAUCAGUAAAGGCAGCUAAAUAUUGUGUCACGGGUCCUCUGGGCGUCCCCGUUGCAUAGAAACAAAAACAUCUCCGCGAGACUUUAGUCUUAAUAAUACAAUAACUGACAGUUUUUGGGAUAUUUAACACAAAUAUAUAUCAGGAUAUAGAUAAUAUACUCAAUGACAAUAGUCGGGACAUCGUACCAAAACACGACAUAACCCAUGUCGGCAUAAUCAGGUGGUAGGUGGAGAGUAGGUCCAAGAAGAAAGGCAACAAUGGCUGGCGACGACGACAUCCCCGAGUUGGAGCAACAGGUGAAGAUCAUCUGUUUGGGAGACAGCGCUGUUGGCAAAUCCAAGCUGAUGCAGAGGUUUCUCCUGGACGAAUAUCGUCCACAGCCAAUUUCAACGUACGCCUUGACGCUCUACAAACACAUUGCCAAGGUGGCCAAUAAGACCGUAGCAGUGGACUUCUGGGACACAGCCGGUCAGGAGAGGUUUCAGAAGAUGCACCCAUCGUACUACUACAACGCUCACGCCUGCAUUAUGGUGUUUGAUGUCCAGAGGAAGAUAACAUAUAAGAAUCUGUCCAACUGGUAUAAGGAGCUGAGAGAGUUCCGGCCUGAGAUCCCCUGUUGUGUGGUGGCCAACAAAAUUGAUGUUCAUCUCGAAGUGACACAACGAAGCUUCAACUUUGCCAAGAAGCAAGGGCUCCCGUUUUACUUUGUGUCCGCAGCAGAUGGCACUAACGUCGUAAAGAUGUUCAGGGACAUGAUCAAGAGAGCCAUGGAAUACAAGCAAAACCCCAGGGAUUUUGUGGAUGAAGUCAUGCAAGAAUUAGAGAACUUUAAGCUGGAAAAGAACGACAAUACCUCGGACUCUGAAGUUGACAAAGUAAAGCGGGAGAGCCCUGAUUUGCCCUGACAAAGUUUCUUGAGUUAAGUACCGUAUUUUUCGGAUUAUAAGUCGCUCCGGAGCAUACGUCGCGCUGGCCGAAAAUGCAUAAUAAAGAAGGAAAAAAACAUAUAUACGUCGCACUGGAGUAUGAGUCGCAUUUUUGAGGGAAAUUUAUUUGAUAAAAUCCAACACCAAGAAUAGACAUUUGAAAGGCAAUUUGAAAUAAAUAAAGAAUAGUGAACAACAGGCUGAAUAAGUGUACGUUAUAUGAGGCAUAAAUAACCAACUGAGAAGGUGCCUGGUAUGUUAACCUAACAUAUUAUGGUAGGAGUCAUUCAAAUAACUAUAACAUAUAGAACAUGCUAUACCUUUACCAAACAAUCUGUCACUCCUAAUCGAUAAAUCCCAUGAAAUCUUCUUCCUCGAUGUCGCUUCUAAACAACUCUGCCAACUCCAAAGGUAUGCGCCGCUUCCUCUUGUCGUUUUCUGCUGCAUAUUUCACUACAUCCAGCUUGUAAUCGGCAGUACAUGAUUUCCUUUUCAGUGUCAUUUUUGUUCAGCCCUUCUCAGUUUUUAUAAGUUACCGCCAACGUUGAAAUUAUCUAUUUUAAUAGCUACGGCAGUAGCAUAUAGCAUUCCAUGACCCACAAUGCACUUCUGCCAUGACCCUCCCCCGCCAAAUUCUUAUUGCUUGACGUGUGUGUGACGUUUGCUGACAUUUUCUUCGUCUCUUCCGCGAAUGAGAUAGAUAAUAUUAUUUGAUAUUUUACAGUAAUGUGUUAAUAAUUUCACACAUAAGUCGCUCCGGAGUAUAUGUCGCACCUAUGAAACAAACUGCGAUUUAUAAUCCGAAAAAUACGGUAUAUGCUUGCCAAUAGAAUGUACUUUUAAUCUUAUGACAAGAUUUGUGUUGUCAAUAGUUUGUAACUUGCUAUUUUAUUUGAAGAACAUUAAAUGUUUGCUUAAGAGCUAUACAGCAGUUACGAUGAAUGGGAACCACUCGGAGCAAAGAAAAGCCAUCAUUUGUGAUUUUGAGGAUGGAGUGCAGCGCCCGCUCCUUUUUAUGCUUUAGGUUGGCCUUUAAUUGAAAAGUCAAUGAAUCAAAUAGUCCUGCCUGAAGCAGCAGCGUGGUCAUACAUAUUUAAUACAACUGUACUGUCUUGUCCAGUGUGAAAUGUGAAUAAAUCUACUGAGACACUGA